GAGCCAAUGGCAGUCGCGUAGACGAUGAGCCAAUCAGGAUGCGGCGUACUGCGUGGCAGCGGGCGGUUGCGCACACGGUGCAGUGCGUGCACGAGAAGGGCGCGAGAAGCAGCGAGCGAGAAGAAGGGCACGAGAGGAAGUGAGAGCGGUGUUUACCGGGCACGAAUCAUCAUGAGGGAGUGUAUCUCUAUCCACGUGGGACAGGCAGGUGUCCAGAUCGGCAAUGCCUGCUGGGAAUUGUACUGCCUUGAACAUGGAAUCCAGCCCGAUGGUCAGAUGCCUAGUGACAAAACCAUCGGCGGCGGGGAUGACUCGUUCAACACGUUCUUCAGCGAGACUGGGGCUGGCAAGCACGUGCCCAGAGCGGUGUUUGUGGACCUGGAGCCCACGGUGGUAGGUGGGCAUUAACUACCAGCCCCCCACUGUGGUCCCAGGGGGAGACCUGGCCAAGGUGCAGCGGGCCGUGUGCAUGCUGAGCAACACCACUGCCAUCGCUGAGGCCUGGGCCCGCCUGGACCACAAGUUCGAUCUCAUGUAUGCCAAGCGGGCCUUCGUGCACUGGUACGUGGGAGAAGGCAUGGAGGAAGGGGAGUUCUCCGAGGCCCGGGAGGACCUGGCAGCGCUGGAGAAAGAUUAUGAAGAGGUGGGCGUGGAUUCUGUGGAAGCAGAGGCUGAAGAAGGGGAAGAAUAUUAAGUAGGAGGAGCAGCUGGCAACUCUUCCUUUACUUCCUGCCCACAUGCACUAUACCAUUACUGUAUGUGUUUGCCUAUUAAAGUUCCUGUAUUGAAGCAU